GCUGGAGGUAGAGAUGCGGAUGUGCAGGUGAGAUGGACGGUUUGGCCGACUGUUGCGUCUCCUCCACCAACGCACGCAGAUGAGGUCUUAUUCAACUGUGGGGCAUCUGGACCAUCUGGAGACCCGACAGAUAAACGCUGAGGCUGGAGCUGGCAGUUCGAGCACUGACAGAGUUGUUGACCGUGCAUGUAUAUUGUCCUGAAUCAUCUCUACUGGCCGGACUGAUGACCAGAGAUCCACCAUUGAUUACACGCCCCCGUUUUCGGCCGGCCCAUUUGUGGAGUUCCGCAGAACGAGUAUUUGUCCUGAAGUCUUCACAGAGAGAAGAUCCAAUAACCUACAACGGCAAACAGAACAUGACACGGAACAUUAAACUUUAAGAUUCAAAAGUCAAGGUGUCAUGGGUUUAUGGAUGCUGGUCUGGUUUCUGUUUAUGUUGUCUCACAUGCUGGUGUUUGUUCAUGGUGGAAUAUCAGUGCAGUUUAAAACUGGAGGACCCUUGUAUGUGGCUUUGGGUGAAACCCUGGUUUUGGAAGCUGUUUUUAUAAAAAAUCCAGAGGAUAAGAUCGACAUAGUGACAUGGGAGCGUGAAAGAGGAAAUGUGAAUGUGAGAAUAACGGUCAAUGCAGACAAAAUAUCUUUGGAGAAGGAAAAGGAUAAAGCACUUUUGCGGAUCAAGAAUUUAAGCCAAGAGGAUAUGGGGACCUACAAGGUGACUGUUACAGACAGUAAUGGACUCCAGAAGCAAGCCUCAAUAGAAGUCAGAAAAAUGGAUGAUCCGCCAAAAGCAUCAGUUGUGUUGGAGUGUAACGUGGAUACCAUUCGUGUAAUACAAUGGGAUGUCCCUCAGUUCUCUUGGCUGGUGGACGGCGUUCCAGUAAUCAAUCAAACAGCGCUGUUGUCUAACGGCAGUAAACUCGACAUCUCAAAGGUUCCUGGAUACAACUACACCUGUGUUAUCAGAAGCAGUCUGGGAACAUCUGUGGCAUCAUAUCUGACAUUAAAACAUACUGAAGAAUCGAAGGCAUGUCAUUCUUCUUACAGCGGACUGAUUACUGUUGGUAUUUUAUUAGCACUGGAUGGAUUUUCAUAAGAAAAUGCUGUCAAACCGGGCAUUCACCAGUUCCCUGUGCUUUUUGACUCAAUUAUAUUUUUUUAUUGUAUUGUUUAUUCUAUGGUAUUUACUUUGUAACACAUUUCAGUCUAUAUGUUUUUCAUACUAUUUAAGUUUCAUCUGCUCUCAUCUGCUGUCUGUGAUACAUAAAAACACUAUUUAUAUUAAAACACUAAAAAAAUUUAUAUUUUGAAGGAAUAGUUUGUUGCUUACUACCUCGCAUGUUUUCUUGUCCUGUGUUAUACAUUAAACGCAGUGUAUGAGAUUACAAGAAUAAAAUAGUUCAUUAAUCACA